GUAUUUAUAGACCUUGAAAUGAAAGUAAACAUUGCAACCUAACCUCAAAAUUCACAUGGAUUUGAAAAGCUUCAACGUUAUUCGGCACUUUUUAUCAAAUUUAAUAAUAAGAUUGCACUUUGAUUUAGAAAUAAAAUAAUUUUUAGUUUGUUUCAUAAUGUCAAUCACUGGUCGAGAAAUAAUAACGCUUCAAAUAGGACAUUAUUCAAAUUAUGUUGGAGCACAUUGGUGGAACUUGCAGGAAGCUGCAUUCUCUAAUAAUACAGAAAAUCCGUCAGAGAUAAACAAUGACGUUCUCUUCAGAGAAGGACAAACUAGACGAUGUGAAGUUACAUUCACUCCUCGCCUUGUGUUGAGCGACCUGCAAGGCAGUCUUGGAGCGCUGACUGAAGAUGGCGGUCUGUAUGAGGAUCACCUGCAGCCCGAUCCAUCGCUUGCUCUCUGGCCGCGAGAUAAGGUGCAAGUGGAGGUCGCUGAGGAGCCUCUCGAGAAGAACGAAUUCCUUAGCGACUUGGAUGCCGGUUGCAGUAGGGUGGAACUCGUGCGUAACAGUGAUGAUCUGAAGAGAGAGAAAGCCAUCCCGAAACGUUACAAGCUGGAUGACUCUGUCAACGUUUGGUCGGAUUAUCUGAGAACUUUCUACCAUCCCAGAUCCCUGGCUAUCACUAAUAAAUACAAGCACAAUGACGAGAUAACUCCUUUCAAGCUCUUCGGCCAGGGCACCGCCUUGUGGAAAAAUGAGCAUUACCAGGAAGAUUUCACUGAUCGUAUCCGCGCCUACAUGGAAGAAGCAGACAACGCUCAGGGCUUCCAGGUACUCAUGGACGCCCACGACGCAUUCUCCGGUAUGUCCUGUUCCGCUCUGCAAUACCUGAAGGACGAGUACCCGUCGAAGGCCAGCCUCGCCGUGGUCUGCAUGCCGGCCUGGUUCGGCGAGUCCUCUACUCAGGACGACUCGGCGAGAGUGCUGAACUGGGCGUUGACUCUAGGCUCGCUGCCGGAACUCUGCUCACUGUUCACACCGGUCAGCACGGUCGAAAGUGGCUGGCGGUAUCCAAACACGUACCGGACGUUUCCGUAUCUCAAUUACAAUAGCCAACUGCACUACCACAGUAGUGCAAUCGUGGCGGCCGGUCUGGAGACGGCCAGCCUGCUAUAUCGAGUGCGGUCCACACGCUCGGCGAGUCUCCAGGACGUGACGAGCGACCUGCGAGUGCUGGGCCGAGCGGCGGCCGCCCUCAGCCUGAGGCUGCCCCUGGCCAUUGGCCGGCACUCGUCGCUGCUGGAGACACUCGAGAAGUGGGUGGAGCCGGCCUCGCUGUUCACCAGUCUCACUCCGCACUGCUCACUAGACAGCCGCGUCGACUUGCAGGCUGUGGUCAUACGGGGUGUCGGCAAGGAUAGACUCAUGGGUAAACUACCAGAUGGGGCUGACCCCAGCAACCCAGCCUAUCAGUGCCGCACAGUGGAGGAAAUGCUCAGUCUGUUCAUAUCGUUCUCAAACCAGGACCACAGUGUCAGGACAAGGGUGACGUCAUGCGCCGACCCUCUGGGCACCUCAGAUCCGUUCCCACACAUCUUCAACGAACAGCUGAUCGCACCUGACGGAUAUCUCAAGGAGUAUGUCGAUGAAAACAGUCAUACAGGUGUCCAAAAAAGCGCUGCCUUAGCCGGCCUGCAUAGCACGGAUUCUCUGGGCGAGAUGCUACAGUCUCUUCACAAAGAAACAAAACGAAUCAAGGUCAGCCGACUGCCAGGCUUCUUCGAAUCGGGUCUGGAGAGUUUGGAGUGUGAAGAGAAACUGGAACAGCUGUUGUGUCUGAGUGAGUGCUACGGACACUCCUAUGACCAGUGAUCUAUGAUCUAUGCGUGAGUGUCGUCUAUAGGUGCGUACAGAUAUACGCGCCUCGAACACGCUUCGCACUCGCUCCGAUCAUGAUCGUUACGCGAGAUGUUACGCAAGGGUUCGCAUUGUGUCGUUACGCAAGGGUUCGCAUUGUGUCGUAUUGUUGACUUCGCUACAACCUAACCUCACAAAUGUGAAACAUUCAAUCCAGCUGAUCGGCUGACAAAAACUAAAUAAAAUAUUCUGACCAGGGGAUUCUGGUAGCCUAAUAAUACAUUAUGUUUAUAUAAUAAAUUGAUGAUAAUUAUUAUGUUUGUUGCAUUUAUGCUGACGUUUUAUUACAAAAAAGGUUAUGUCUGUCAAUGUUUUGAAAGGUGAAAGGCGUGGUGUGGAGUUUGGCUUCUUUCUUCUAAAUUUAAAUAUAAAAUGAAAACAGUUACUGUAGUCAUCAUAAAGAUGAUUACGUCAUCUGUUAUUUCUCAGCAUUAAUUUUAUUUCUAAACAAAUCCAACUCUAUGAAUCGGAGGAUAGAAACAUCUGUAGCAACAUAUACAAAUCAAUUACACCAAAAAAGCUCAUGAGUGAAAAAGGACUCACCAUAUCUAUUACUAAAUAGAGUUACUUGAAAAAAUAAUGUUGAAAACAAUGUCUGAGCAAAAGGCUCGUCUAAAAACUUCAACAGACUGAAGAGAGAGAAUAUUAGGACUCUGUCUCAAAGACAAAUAAUAGUGCAGUAAUGAAUAACAUCACAUUACAGUUUACAACCUUCAAUAGAGUAAGAGAAGCAGUGAAAAUUAGCAGAUGAGGUGACAAUAGGGUACUGUAUAUUAGUCAGCUUUUCAAUAGGUUGUCUUCACAUGGUUACAAAAUGUGCCAAUAAAUCAAACUCUAAAGUGUACUGGUAGUCAGUAGGUCGACAUUUCAUUUGAAUAACUAAGAUAUUUGAAUAAUUAGGAUAUUAAUAAUUGACCGAAAGAAGUGAGGUCUAAGAAUCAAGUCGACGGUUUGGCAUUUCUCUUAAUGUUUAAAUGUUUCUAUGUUGCGCAUUUACGGCGAAA